GAAAAGUUUUGAGACCCCUGGGAUAAGAGGUUGAGUGGGUACCCAUAAGUAGACUCCAUGUCCUUCUUGCCAUAAAUCAAAUCCCGGUUAUGCAGCCCGUAUCUAUUCAAUAACAUAUUGAGCAUCAUAAUGCCUUAUCUAACCUUGAUCUGUCACACGGUUUCACAUAAGAAAUCUAGAGUGAUGCACAGUAUUUUUUUUUUUUCAUUCUCGAAAAUUUUUGGCAUUAUUCUAUCAAAUCCAUAUAUUCAUCCGCCUUGUCAGUUACGUCAAAACAGUUUUGUUUGUGGUUAAAAAUAUUUGGAUAGUUCAUUUGGCAUCCUAACCGUAAUACGCAACCACCACUUCUUGAGGUCGGGAUUUAUUUCGGGUUAUUUCGACUAUCGAUGUGUCCUAGCAGUGAUUAUGUAAGUAUUUCCUUUUACUUCUCCCGCUGUGUGUAUGUAAUCAUAUGGUAACGAUCGUAACGAUGAUGUGCUAAUAGCUGCCAUCUUGAAAAUGGUGGGAAGUGGUACGUGGAUGAGAGUUGCGUUUGUGUAAAUUUUACAAAUAAUUGUUAAAAUGACGGAAGGAAAAGUUUCCAACAGCGAAGCCGAAAUGAAAGGCUGGCUCUAUAAAUGGACAAACUAUUUAAAAGGUUAUCAGCGAAGAUGGUUCGUUCUGUCGAAUGGUGUGUUGUCGUAUUACAGGGCCGAAAAUUCAGGGGGGUCCAAACUGUCUAUCCGCCGGCGUCGGCGGUCUGGUCGGUCCGAAAACCAGGCCGAGAUGGCACAUACGUGUCGUGGUACCAUAAGUCUUCAUGGAGCUCUUAUCAAUACAGAAAAUUCAUGUACAUUUGUUAUCUCAAAUGGCGGCACACAGACUUUUCACAUCAAGGCUGCUAAUGAAGUUGAGCGACAGCGGUGGGUCACAGCUCUGGAACUGGCAAAGGCAAAAGCUACUCGUGCCAUGGAGUCAGAAGAAGAGGAGGAGGAAUAUGAUGAGUCAAUGACAUCACAAAAGAAUGAGGUGCAGAAUGUGAUCAAAUCACUGGCAGCUAGGUUGGAGGACCUGCAGACAUGCUGUGACCUUACUCUUAAACAUGGUAAUGCUCUCCAGCGCUCUCUCUCAGAACUGGAGUCACUGGAUACAACACAGGAUGUUCUCACAAAAUUAAAGUCUGUCAAUGAAAGAGCUACGCUGUUCAGGAUAACCUCGAAUGGUAUGAUAAAUAGGUGUUCAGAGUACCUAGACGUUGCACAGACACAUGGACGAAAAUGGCAAAGAAUGCUACAGCACGAAAGGGAUCAGCGUUUGCAGCUAGAAGACAUGGUUGAGCAGCUAGCAAGACAGCUUGGAGGCCUGGAACAGGCUGCCAAGGAGCACUCUAUUCCCGUGCGGGAUAGACGCAAUGUAUCUCACUCAUCUCCUUCAGAUGACGAUGAUGAGAACGAGUUCUAUGAUGCACAAGACGAAGCCUGUAGUCAGAAUACAGAAGCAAACUUCAUACUCAAGAUUCCUUUGGGACACAGGAGAACUUCCUCUGGAUCUUGUGAUCCAAGACUACAAAUGCAUGAUGGACAUGACGAGGCAUCAGGUUCAAGCAGUGAUGUGGAUGACACAACAGAAACCAAGGUUCUGAUUAUUAGUUCGGGUGAUCCUGCACCUGCAUGUGGUAAAUCCAAUUCAAAAUCGAAUUCAUUGGCACUGUCAAGACAGGAGAGUAAUGGACAGCAGAGGACAACUGGUAGCUCCCAUUCUUCUUCAGUAUCUGCAUCAGAUACGAAGAGGUCACGACGUACGCGCGUCCCUGACAAACCCAACUAUCCACUCAAUUUAUGGAGCAUCAUGAAGAAUUGUAUUGGGAAAGAACUGUCCAAGAUUCCUAUGCCCGUGAAUUUCUCAGAACCUUUGUCCAUGUUGCAACGUCUCACAGAAGACUAUGAAUAUGCAGACAUUCUGGAUGAGGCGUCUCGUUGCACUGACUCAUGUGAGCAAAUGGCAUAUGUUGCUGCAUUCACUGUGUCCAGUUAUGCCACAACCUGUAACCGCACUGGCAAACCAUUUAAUCCAUUAUUAGGGGAAACAUACGAGUGUGAUCGAAUGGAUGAUCGUGGCUGGCGUGCUAUAUCUGAACAGGUCUCUCAUCAUCCGCCAAUGCUGGCACAGUACUGUGAAGGCCAAGAUUGGCGCUGCUGGCAAGAAUUCACCAUGGCCUCUAAGUUCCGUGGAAAAUACCUCCAAGUCAUACCACUGGGUAUGGCACAUCUUGAAUUUUCUUCUGGUGAUCACUAUACAUGGCGCAAAGUUACGACCACAGUCCAUAACAUUAUUGUUGGUAAAUUAUGGGUAGACCAGCAUGGAGACAUGGACAUUGUGAACCACAAAGAUGGAGUGAAAUGUCACCUCAAGUAUAUCCCAUACAGCUAUUUCACACGAGAUGUACAGCGCAAGGUGAAUGGCUGGGUGAUGGACAGUGAUGGCAAUGUCAGGUGGAUUAUCUCUGGGAUGUGGGAUAACAAAAUAGACAUAGCACCAGUCAUUAGCACAGAACACGCCAGCCCAAACAAUCCUGUAUACACGAAAGGCCCAGACAGAACUGUAUGGAAACGGAAUAGCCCUCUGCCACAUUCAGAUCGGUACUACAACUUCACAGAACUGGCAUGUCAGCUAAAUGAGCCAGAGGCUGGAGUUGCACCAACUGACACACGUAACCGUCCUGACCAGAGAUUGAUGGAGGAUGGGAAGUGGGAUGAAGCAAAUGCAGAGAAAGUUCGAUUGGAAGAGAAACAGCGAGCUGCUCGAAGGAUACGGGAUGCAGAAGCAGAGAAAGCUGCUGCUGAAGGUCGCCUGUAUCCUCCAUAUGAACCACUAUGGUUUAAGAAGGAAGUGGAACAUUGGACAGGGAGUAUAAUUCACAUGUACCAGGGAAAAUACUGGGAAUGUAAAGAGCGUCAAGAUUGGUCGAUGUGCCCAGACAUCUACUAGUAUCCAUUUGCCUGCCAUUCCAGUGGAAGUGCUGUCAGCAUGUGAGGACAAACAUGUUUUAGUGAUGAAACUUAUUAUAUCAUGCAACAUGGACUGAUGGUAAACCAUUGUCUGUCAUGUAACAAGAAUGCACUAUAGGCAGGCAGGUAUUCAGCUGUCUUUCUGUAUAGGAAUGGCCUUGAUGUGUUUAUUUACUGCUGAGUAUAUUACACAAUAGCAGUAAAAGACUGAAAAGGUAGGUCAGGUAAUGUGUGUGAAUGUCUAUUAAGUUUUGCCUUCAACUUUGACUUUCAUUCAUGAGUUGAUAUGCACCCUAAUUUUUUUGCCCUGUUUUUGUGACUGUCAAAUUAUGUGAUUCAGAUUAUUAAUUAUUGCACAGUGUCAGAUGUAAACAGGAUUAUAUCAGUCUCAUCUGAGCUGCUGGCAGUGAUUCUGAAUGUGACCUAGAAAUUUAAUUUCUGCAAGUUCUCUCCUGUUUGUAUCUUCCAAAAUACAGUCAACUCUCGAUUAUCUGGGAUAAUGGUGGGGAUGGAAAUCACGAUUAAUCGAAAUCCUGGUUAAG